AAUCCCUCCGUUUGCGUUCCGUGCCAGAAUGUAAUUAAUCGCUUCAGUUACUGGUCUGCACCAAAACAAUCACUCAGAUGUCGCCAAAGGCGACAACCUGACCCCAAUGAUAACAUGUCUUACGUGCCGUCGCCGUCACUUGAAAUGCGAUGGAUUAAGCCCUGUGUGUUCACAAUGCCGUAAGAGCAACCGAGACUGCCUGUCGCCUACGAAGCGUAUCAGCUUCCGUGAUGGCAUGAACCCUUCCAUCAAUCAACCCGGUUCUCUCGAGUACGGUGGACGAGAUGUCGCAUUUGCCAAAGAUCAAACCUGGAUCUCCGUGCCUUCAAAUCUGUCCUUCGUCGACGAGACAAACGAUAUCGCGUCAGAUUACGAGGCAGAUACGACUACUUGGAAAUUCGAAUCGGAGUCCGACGCUGCCAUUAUUGGCAAUCACAUUUUCGAUCAAGAUGGCAGCUUCCCGGAAGAUGCUGGCACAAUCCUCUCGGCGCCGUCAGUCGAGUCUUAUCAAACUCCCCUACAACACCAUUUACUUGGGCUUUCAUCUCCAAGUACUACCCAAGGAUUGUUGAAUGAGUCGAGUUGGCUGCUGGCUCAUCGACAAUCUCCUUGUUCUGCGGAAGAAGCAUACCUCCUACGACAUUUUUCAUCGACCCUCUGCCGAUGGCUCGAUGUUUGCGACAAAGACAGCCGAUUCGGCUCGGAUCUUGUUCGCAGAGCACCCUCAGCCCCAUUGCUUCUCAACGCGUGUUUGGCGGUUGCAGCACGGCAUCUCUCGAAAUUUGGAAGAUGCAACUCGGAAUUGGCGGAUCACUACCACGAGAAGGCCGUACAAAUGCUACUUGCUAUGCUCAACGAGGAGGAUCUGGAUCGUCAUAUUGAGACUAUACUUCCGUCGACAGUCAUCCUCCGCCUUUUUGAACAAUUGUCUUCAAAUGUACCAGUUCACGAUUUGCAGCGCCAUCUGCUGGGCGGGUCGGUCUUCAUCAAUUCAAGGACUGAGUAUGCCCUUAGUGGGGGUCUGACUCAAGCAGCAUUCUGGGUAUUCGUCCUUCAAGACGUUCAGUUCUCGCUGGCGUAUCAGCGGCCCCUCAAAAUGCAGACCCUACCGUUUAGCCUGGAGUUUCGACAGAGGUGGCAAUACGAGAAUGGCGGCUCGGAACAAUCCUUGAUUCACCGAGCAAUCUGGAUUCUGGUUGAAACCAUACAAUACUGCUUCGGAACCCACGAAGCCGUGGCAGAGCUGGAGCUGAGUGAUGGUCUGGCGGAAUGGGAGAGUUUGACGUCUGAGAAAUUUCGGCCCUUCUACCACGAACCCGGCGAUGCAGAGACAUUCGGUACGUUGUGGUACACUCAGUCCAGCCAUAUUAUCGCUGUCCAACAUAUCUGCAUGGCCAAGAUUCUCCUGCUUUCAAAACGAGCCAGUCACUCGCGAAUGGGCAUCGGGCAUGGCAAGACAUUACGCGAAACGCAGAGCCAGAUUACACAGUACACCGAUGUGCUUUUCGGAUCAGCAUUGUCUACAGACGAAGCAGUGCCAAGAUUUUUCGCCUGCCAUGCAGCUUGCACAAUGUCUUCCUGGAUAACCAGUCCUGGUCUGCAGCAGCGUGUGCUCGAGCUCCUGCAGGCCACGGAGCAAAAUAAUGGCUGGCCGUGGGGCUAUAUCGUCGAGCGUCUUGCUGAAGACUGGGAAACGGAGGUACUCCCUCGAAAAGCAAGCGGUCCUCAAGCUUGAUCCAGGAACGUACAAUGGGGAGUGGUGGAUAGGCACUUCACGCUGUUAAGUGUGCGACUCCCACCGAGUCAGCCUCCUUGUUCAGCGCGUCAACCUCAGAUUGGGUGUACGGUAUCCCUUCGGCUUCUCGUCUCUCCUGAUUGAUCUGUUCAAUUUCGCCCGGAAAGUAGAUGCGAUCGAAGUCCUGCCUCUUUUCUGAAGUCACCACCCGCUGAUAUAAGUACUCCAUUCUAUCUUUGAAUUCUUCCAAAGAGAAAAAAAGAUCCGGCUUGAUAGCGACGAGGAAAUGGCCCACAUUAGCUUGCUUGGAUGGGUCAUAUGGUCCGGUGACUUCACCUGCAAAGGCUGAUCCGGACAGUACACCUGAGAAGACAUCCAUCAUGAGUGCCAGACCCGAGCCUUUAGGACCUCCCAUGGGCAGCAUAACACCUUCCAGAGCGGCGGCGGGAUCGUCCGUCGGUGCGCCAUCCUUGUCUAACGCCCAAUCGAGAGGAAUGCGCUCUCCUCUUCUCUUGGCCUUGUAGAUUUUUCCACGAGCAGCAACGCUCGGUGCCAUGUCGAGGAUGAAGGGCCUUGUCUUUCCGGGAGCUCCGCAAGCUAUGGGUGACACCCCGAGUAGUUUAGAUUUGCCGCCCCAGACAGGAAGAGCGGGCGACGAGUUCGUGAACACCAGAGACAUCAUGUCGGCGUCGAUGGCCUUCUGCACGAUCCAUGCGGACAUGCCGAAAUGGUUCGAGUGUUUCACCGAAACCAUGCCUAUCCCAAACACCUGGGCCAUCUCAAUGGCUUUUUCCAUCCCCUGCGAGGCAGCCAGAAAGCCAAAUGCAUUGUGUCCGUCGACCUGUGCCACGACCGGAGUGACUUGACUGACGGUCGGUUCGGCUUUCGGGUCGAGUACUCCCUGGCGGAUUCGCUCCAUAUAGGACGGUAUGCGGUUGACUCCGUGGGUGUCGAUACCGCGCAGGUCGGCGGCGACAAGACAUUUGGCGAUGGUCUCGGCGUUCUCAAAUGGCACACCAUUGGCAGUCAAGACAUCUUGUGCGAAUCGUAAGACCUUUGUAGCCGGACAGUUCUGAGUUUGGAUACUUUCGGCCAUGUUUGGUGCUUCGAUAAGCUGGUCCGAAAGUGUUGUUUGAUUGCAGGCGUUGCAGAUGUUAUGGCUUCGGAUGGAGAUUGCUGGGAACCGGUGGUUGUUCAGACACAAACAAUACGUCGUAUUGAU